AUGGAACAACCUGCAGACCUCCUCUUUGAACUCAAGACCGUCCAAGCCACAGCCCUCCGCUCGCUGAUUGAGCUGUGCAAAGAAUGGCUCACCGACGUCAACCUGUCCGUGACGCCCGGCGUGGGGAUAAAGCUCAUUACAAUGGACAGCUCAAAGGUCUCUAUGAUCCAUUGCGAGCUUGAUGCGGUAAACUUUGAGAGCUUCAGCUGUACAAAGCCACUGGUCCUGGGCGUGAAUAUGACAUCCCUCUUCAAGCUUGUAAAGUCGGUCACCAGCAACGACGUCCUGUGCAUGUAUCUCACCGCAGCAGAUCCGCACCAGCUGGGGAUCAGGAUAGACAGCCCCGAAAGGAAGAGCAGCACCAAGUACUCCUUGAAGCUGCUGGACAUUGACGAGGACCCGAUCAGCGUGCCGCGCCUCAAGAUGGACUCUACGAUCUCGCUGAGCGCCGUGGAUUUCCAGAGGCUGAUGAGGGACAUGUCAGCCAUUGGGACGUCCUGCCGCUUCAGGCUCAAUGGCAGCACUCUCACGCUCAGCUGCUCCGGCGACUUUGCCACUCAAGAGACCACGCUCAACAUGGCUAAUGAGGAGGUAGAAGGAGAGAAUAAGGACCUCGUGAUUGACAAUACGUGA